GCAAUUUACAACGAGUUGUCAAAGAGGAAAUUGGUGAAACGAGCCGCACCACCGCUCGAGCCAUUUUUUCCCGGGAAAUUAUUCGCAAAUUGCCCCAAGCCCGGGGGGUAGUUGAUAUUUAUUUGGAAAAUUCCUAUUUAGAACAAAGUGCGGUGGAAAAUUACCAUGUCCCAGACCUUUUGCUCUAUAAUCCCAAAAAAUCAAUCUUUUUUCACAACAGUUUACACGAAAAAUAUUCCCAAUUAAACAAAUUAGAAGCCGAAUUUGUUCAAGAAUUAGAUAAACGAGAAAAUGACGGAGAAUUAUCGGCUGUUUAUCAGGAAAACUUGGAGGAAAUGAUUGUUAAAAUGUUGGAAA